AUUAAAAAAUUUGUUUAUUGUACUGUCUGAAUUUUGAAGAUGCAUGCAUAAUGCACUUUACAGACCACGGAAACUUCAGACCAAUCCGUCAGAGGUUGUCCAUCAGCCCCCAGAGCCGUGCCAGCACAUCGUCAACGACCGAUGAGCCGAAUUCCACCCGUUUGCCCUUUCCGACUGCCCAUUGAUUUGUACGGUGACAAGCGGCGGCAGAGAAACCUUCCGAUACAGCAGAACUAAGGAAGCAACCAUGACCGGCAGAGAGCCUCAGUCUUUCCACACACGCUGUGGUCGGUCAGUCCGGUUGUACAAUAACAACCGAAUGGCCCAGCGCUCAAUGCGUGAUUUCAGUUACGCCCUGGUGUUCAGUGCAGAGCCCCUGGAGGACGAUGUGCUCUUUGAGGUUGUCAUCGAGAAGAAGAACACCUCCUGGGGCGGAAGCAUUGAGAUUGGGGUUACUGCCGAAUCGCCGGAUGAUCUGGAACUGGUGGCCUGUGCCACUGCUAUGCGAAACGGCACUUGGGUCAUGUCCGGCAUGGAUGUGCGCAAAGAUGGACGACGACUGUUCGAGUUCUAUGGUACCGAUCUGGAAACUUUGAACGAAAAUGAUCGGGUGGGUGUCAUGCGAACCUCUAGCAACGAUUUGGUCUUUUAUGUAAACGGGGAGUCGCAGGGGGUGGCGGCUAAGAACAUGCCCAAGCCUCUUUGGGCACUUGUCGAUCUCUAUGGGCGCUGUGUGCAGGUUUCUCUGUGUCCCCGGGAUGGAAGCGUCAACGGAGAGCAGCUAUUGGAUUCACCACUGCAGCAGCCACUGCAACAGGUUGUCCAGAACCUAGACGUGGCCAUGAACGUGAACAUUGUCGUUGAUUCUGACGCCUGGAUACAAGGCAAUGGAUCCGGAUCUGUUGCUGACGACCGACUGUGCUUCCACACCCGCUGUGGAUCACUGGUCAAGCUUUCGCCCAACUUUCGAUCCGCCGAACGUCGCCGACCGUUGGACGAAUUUAACAACGGCGUUGUGAUGACCCACAGACCGUUGAGGGACAACGAAUUAUUCGAGAUUCGCAUCGACAAGUUGGUUGACAAGUGGUCUGGAUCCAUUGAAGUGGGCGUCACUACACACAAUCCCACAGUACUGCACUUUCCGGCCACCAUGACCAACAUGCGUUCGGGCACCAUCAUGAUGUCGGGUUGCGGCAUUCUUACGAACGGUAAGGGAACACGCCGCCAGUACGGAGAGUUUAAUCUGGAUGAGCUGCGCGAAGGAGAUCGCGUCGGGAUGAUGCGCAAAGCCAACGGCAACCUUCACAACUACAUUAAUGGACAGGAUCAGGGUGUUGCCGCCACCAGAGUGGCCUCAACUUUGUGGGGUGUUAUCGACCUUUACGGCAUGACCAUUAAGGUUACAAUAGUUGAUCGCGAUGAACGUGAGCAACAGAAUCUCGUGACCCGUCGAAACAACAUAGUAGCCGGUUUGAGUGCCUGCUCCAUUGGAGGCGGCGUUCAGCACACUCAGCACCAGCAGCAUACAGGCACCCCCACCUUAAGCCUUUUAAGUCCAGAGAGUGAAAUGAAUGUGGCUGGUGCUGCCGGCGGUCUGAGCGAGACCAUUUCCAGUACACGAGCCAUAGCCAGGAAUGAUGAUCGUCUAACCUUCCACCACAUCUGUGGAACCCAUGCCACCGUUACCCAAAGCGGACGCACAGCUCUGCGACCCAACGCUGCCGACGAUUUCAAUAAUGGCGUAGUGCUCACAAGACGACCCCUACGUCCCAACGAACUGUUCCAAGUGCGACUUGAACGCGUUGUAACAAAAUGGGCUGGUUCUGUUGAAAUGGGCGUGACAACCCAUAGUGCCGACGAGCUAGACUUUCCAUUCACUAUGACCAAUGUGCGAUCCGGUACUUGGAUGAUGACGGGUAAUGGAGUCAUGCAGAACGGCGUCACAGUCAUCGAGCAGUACGGACAAAAUCUUGAUCGCCUACAGGUGGGCGAUAGAGUAGGAGUGGUGCGUAAAGACGAUGGCACUGUUCACUUUUGGGUAAAUGGAGUUGACCAGGGUCCAGCUGCCAGUAAUGUACCAGAGCGUGUUUACGGAGUAAUCGAUUUGUACGGACAAGCAGCACAAGCUAGUAUUGUGGAUACCUCGGAGUGCGGUAGUCCGGAUACCGGUAACUCCACCAUCUCAAACACGACGCUGUACAGCGAAGUGCCACUGCGAUUCCAUAGCAUUCAUGGGGCCAAUGCGGGCAUCUCAAAUAGUGGCUUAACUGCAUCUCGUCCCAAUUCUCUGGCAGAGUUUAACGAUGCCAUAGUUUUCAGUAAUCGACCGCUAAGGCAACGGGAACUAUUCGAAGUGGAGUUGGAGACAAUGGUUCGACACUGGUCGGGUAACAUUGAGAUCGGGGUAACAGGCACACGGCCAGAGGACAUCCAGCUGGCCCCAAAUGCCACCGAUCUGGAAGCCAGCGACACCAUUAUCCUAUGCGGACCAAUGAUUUUUCACAACCGCAAAACAAUUCGAACCAAUAUUUUAUUAGAUCUGGACACACUGGGUCCCAGUACGCGAGUUGGUGUUAUGCGUAAUGGUGACUUUAUCCACUUCUUUGUUGAUGGAAUGGAUCAGGGACCGGCUUGUGAAUGUCACGCACCCAACAUUUGGGCCAUUAUUGAUUUGUAUGGGCAAUGCGCCCAGGUGAGUCUCACGCAGACACAACUAGACAUCCGUGCUCCGUACGCAACAAGCGAAAACUCGCAGAGCUGUCAAGCCACAUCGGUAAUUCAACAUCCAGCCAUGGAAACAAAGCAUCGCUGGACUUGCGUAUCGGGAAAUGUAAGCCUUACCAAGGACUGGACGGAGGCCUCACGAUUUACAGGAGCGGCAGCUCCGCUCUCUCAUUGCCUAGUUUUUUCUGAGCAUCCGCUUAGCGUGGGAUCACCUUUUGAGAUCAAGCUGACAUCGAUAAACCCCAUGUUUGCGGGUUGUCUCAGCAUUGGGGUUACUGAUUUAAAUCUAAGCGACGAAAGUGUCCGCAAAAAGCUGCCUACUAGCCUGCGGAGAAUCCCGGCCAAUGUUUGGUACGUUAGCGGGAACGAAGUAUGCUUCAAUUCGAGCUGCCUCCAGCGCUCUCUGGCUUCGCUUGAGUGGCUAAGGGUGGACGAUAAGAUAACACUAGAGCGAGUGGAGAACUCGCUAAAUAUGCUAUUGAACUCGGAGAAUGUUAAUAUACAGUUUCACAACGUACCCAAUGAUGUGUAUGUGGUAGCAGAACUGAGAGGUUCGACGAUGGGCAUUCAAGUAAUUUCGGCCCAGGGCCCAGCAUCACCUUUACGUCCCUGCAGUUUGCGGCUACAGGACUCCAUGGACUUUGGAGUGGACCCAUUAAACAAGCAGGAUAGCUCCAUGCUGGAAUCAAUUGAUUCGGAGGCACAGAACUACGAAUUUUUGGAUAUAUCACAAAAAAAUGCCCGGCUUAGCGAAGAUCGCAGGAGUGUGGCCAGAAUUAAGUCUUAUAACCAGGCCAUCGUCUGUCUGAAUAAACCUCUGUGCAAGGGUGAGAGUAUAAGCAUCAAGGUAGACGCCCUGAACAACAAAUGGAAGGGAACUAUCGGCCUUGGCGUUCUGUCAGCAAGCCCGCAGACUGCGCCCAUUUCCUUAUUGGACCUAAAAAAGAGCUGUUGGCUGGCCACCCACGAUUACGUGAACAUUAACGGACAAGUGAUGGCCUCCAAAUACGGCGAUGCUCUUGAGCAGAUCCAAGUGGGAACUGUGAUCACGUUGACACUAACCCAUGCCGGAAUGCUAAUUAUUAUGGUAGGGUCAACAAAUCUCGAGGAUUUGGCAAGUGGUCUGCCAAACCAUGUAUAUCCAGUCUUCGAUGUAUACGGGAAGUGCGAAAAGAUAACCUUGAUUACAGGCAGUGAUGCCGGUCGUACCGGAAACGCCAAUGGAACUCCAAUACUGGAGGCUCCCGAGGCCUUAGAGUUGGAUAAUGGAAUGCCGCAGCAGUGCGAAAAAGCUCAUCUGGAAAUGCAUGAAAAGGAAAAGGACACGGAACAAAUAUGUGAGUCUGCCAGGGAUGGUCCUUCUACAUCCGGUGCUCCAUCGAACGCCAUGACUCGAUCGGUGAUGGAGAGCGUUUCAGAGAACUUGCUGCUUAACAUUUCUAUUAAGAAUCGAACUCUGGAGCAACAGCGAAACGAACUGGGUGGAUCCUCAUCAACUUGUUGUCUUCGGGAGUCUCUCCAGCUACAGCAUAAUACCAAUCUCAACAUACAACGCAGUCAAAGCACACAGAGAUUCCAGAACUCAUUAAACACUUCGGCAACGGCAGCGGGAAGCUGUGGUCCCAGUGGUUCCACAGCAAAUGUUCAACACCUAAGUAACUCGGGCGUUUAUGAUACGAAUAAGGAGUACGAUGAUUUGCCCAACCCUCCAAACCCAUUAACUUGUUCCGUGGAUGAAACUACUGGGGCGCCAGCAACAGUAGCCACCUCUAUUGAUCACACCGAGAACAAUGCGGAGGCAUUGGAAUUGGCUAUAAGCAACGAACGUGAAGUGACCGGCGAACCACCGGCCAACGACAAUGUUUUGGAGGACGAUGAGAUCGAUUAUAUGAACCACCUGUUGCUGUUGCAGCAACUCCAGCAGAAUGAGUAUACCCGUCACCACCUAAUGCCCGAUCAAGCUUCGCUACUAAAUCUCGAUUUGCCAUCGCUCAAUUCGAUGGAAUCCGACACCAAUUCUGUUGGGCAGACCCGACCAAGUGGUGGAACCGAUUCACUUCGAUCUACAGCCACUGGUGCCAGUGUGGAACAAAAUGACUGCGAAUACCUUAAACAAGUGAGACGCUUCUGUGCCUCCCUGGUACUGCCUCAGGCCUUUUUUGAUAGCCGAUUAGAGCCAGUGUGUUUCUGUUUGAAAUGCAGUGGACCAAGUAACGCCGGAAAUGGUGACAAGCUGGAGGGAUGGGUCUAUUUCAAGUUAAACCAGCAGACUGUCAACGUGCUGAGCACCUCGACAACCACUGCAUCAACAGGUGGUGGUGUAUCUUCGUCGACUCCCCAAGUGCACUUUGAUCUUAAUGGUGACUGGUUACCCUUUUACUAUAUGACACGAGUGGACAAAAUUCGUGCGAUUCUGGAUCGUGGACAGCCGCUUCCAUUAGAAACAGAACCGGAUGAAGAACCUGCCGCUGCUGCGCUGAAAGAUGAGCCAGGCACCCGGCUAGAGCUUUACUACUCCCCCAAUGCCACAGUUAUUGAGCCGGUACUCCCCCAGCAUCACUUUGCCUCUGAGCAGGGACUGCAUCGAAUCUCCACUUCCUUUGAGGUCUACGUUCGGCGGCAGUCCAUUUCUGGAGUAACUACUGGCAAGGCGGCAGCCGAGGCCAAAAGGCGCAGCCUGGGAUCUGCCGAUCAUGAUCAUGGAGGAAACGGGCAGGGUACUGACGGCGUGGGUGGGACUCCCGCUGCCACUCUCAAUGAAUCGUCUGUCCAUCUACUAAACGAUCUCUGUUGGUUCACCAAAGAGGCUGGUGCCUGCAUAAUCAACGCUUUAAUAAUUAAAUUGGAUAGGAUCGAAGGAGAAGAAUCUCAUUGAGCGCACAACACAAUCUUCGCACUAGUCACAGUCGGUUUAUAUACAUUAAUCCUCUCCUAAUAUCCCCCACAUUUUAAUCCCGCUCUGCAGCUACCCACACCAAAUCGCAUUCGCAUUCCUCUUUGUAAACGAGUUUGUAUUGUAUUGUAAGUGGCAAUAAAAUAAUCACAAAGUUAA